AACGUUUAAAAAGACAUGUCAAUUUUAUAUUACUAGUUUAUUUUUUAAAUUAAAAUUCUCUUGUGUCUUUCGUAAACCUUCAAUAUCAAAAAUUAUUUUUCAUACGUUUUUGUUAAAUUUCCGAUUAUUUCGCGUUAGGGUGUGUCCAUUUCAUAUCACUUCAAAUGAUAUCGAAAACAAAUGAUCAUACUGUUAACAAGGUCUCUUUCGGUUUAGGCGUGUUCCAAUUUAGAAACUGUCUACUUAACUAGUAAAAUAAAAUCGCCCCUAAUUUUUUUCCAUUGUAAAAUACUUAGAAUUCGGAAAAAAUGACAGAAUAUUGGCUGAUAUCGGCUCCUGGAGACAAGACUUGUCAACAAACCUGGGAGACGCUCAAUAAUGUUACUAGCAAACAAAACAGUCUUUCAAUCAAUUAUAAGUUUCAUAUACCUGAUUUGAAAGUCGGUACGUUGGAUCAACUAGUUGGUUUGUCAGAUGAUUUAGGAAAAUUAGACAGCUUCGUAGAUCAGGUGACUCAUAAAGUGGCCUCUUAUUUGGGUGAGGUCUUGGAAGAUCAACGGGAUAAGCUUCAAGAAAAUUUGAUGGCCAAUAAUGGAGACCUUGCCGUUUACUUAACUCACUUCCAAUGGGACAUGGCAAAAUAUCCUAUUAAACAAUCAUUGCGUAACAUAGCUGAUAUUAUAAGUAAACAAGUAGGACAGAUUGAUGCAGACCUUAAAACUAAGUCAUCAGUUUACAAUAAUCUCAAAAGCAGUUUACAAAACAUGGAAAAAAAACAAACUGGCAGCUUGUUAACAAGAAAUUUGGUUGAUAUUGUACGCAAGGAACAUUUUAUUCAAGAUUCAGAGUAUCUUACAACUUUGCUAGUAGUUGUUCCUAAAUCUGCUUUUUCUGAUUGGACUCAAAGUUAUGAAAAAUUAACAGAUAUGAUUGUACCUCGUUCCACACAAUUGGUAAAUCAAGACAAUGAUUAUGGUUUAUUUACUGUUACAUUGUUUAAAAAAGUAGCAGAAGAAUUCAAGCACCAUGCUAGGGAAAAGAAGUUUAUUGUUCGCGAUUUUACUUAUAAUGAAGUUGAACUUGCAGCUGGAAAAAAUGAGAUUACCAAACUUGUAACAGAUAAAAAAAAGCAGUUUGGACCUCUGGUUAGAUGGUUAAAGGUCAAUUUUAGUGAAUGUUUUUGUGCUUGGAUACAUGUAAAAGCGCUUCGUGUUUUUGUUGAAUCUGUGUUAAGAUAUGGUUUACCUGUUAAUUUUCAAGCUAUGUUAUUGCAUCCAAAUAAAAAAAAUACUAAGCGGCUUCGUGACGUUUUACAUCAAUUAUAUGGACAUUUAGAUAGUAGUGCUCAACAAGGAAGUGCUACCGGUACACAUGAUAGUGUCGAAAUACCUGGUCUUGGUUUUGGACAAGCUGAGUACUUCCCAUAUGUUUAUUAUAAAAUAAAUAUAGAUAUGGUAGAUGCUAAAGCGUAAAAUUAAAUUGUAUCAAAAUCAUCCCAUCAUUAAAUCAUUUAAACGAUUUAUUUUUUUUAAAUCGCACAUUAAAAAAAAAAUCUAUUAUUGAUCAUUUUUUUGUCGGAAUAAUAUGUAGUUCAAUACAAUAUUAUUCUACUAAU